AUGGCAAGUCAACCCAACCCAUUCCAUGCCGCCCUCGGUGGUGCCAACCAUCUCACUCUGGCCGAGCUUGAAGCCGCUACCAUUGGCUCCAAUGGCUUUCAGAUGCUCCAGCGACAGGUUGCUCAACCUCGCUCCGAGUACUCAAAAGUCUCAGCAUGGCUCUCAGAUCAGGGCGUGCACAUGGGCGACGAGUAUUUCGUCGAGGUAGAUGAGCCCAAGACGCCUCGAUCAAACCGACAUAACCCCAUAUUCAUUCCCGAUGAUGACUCGGAGUCGGCGGCCCAGCCGCCUGGCGGCGCUGCACGUGUUGGUACGGCCGCCGCGAGGACACCCCGCGGGGUGCCGCCGUACACUCCCCCUUCGUCUCGGCAUUUUUCAUCCAAAAAGCGCAAGCGCAAAGUGCCCGAGGUGGACGAGGACAUCGAGGACGUUCUUGUCGUUCAGCCACCUUCCAGCACCCCGACACGCCGCAAGCGCAAAGUGUCCGAGGUGGACGAGGACAUCGAGGAGGUCAUUGUCGUUCAGACACCUUCCAGCACCCCGACACGCCGCCCGCGCCCGACCCCUAUUAUUGACUUGACCCAGGCCGAUCGCUCGAAGCGUACAAGGUCCUUUAUGGGAAAUAUGGAUGACGAUGUCAUAAUCGUCGACCCUCCGGCCCCUACGGUGCGUCGUGAAUUGCAGGCAUUCCUCCGUGGAGAGGAGGGGGGUUCCAAUCUACCCCCUGGGGAGCGGUUGAGACCGAUGAACACGGAGCCGGCUGCUGGAGUUGAAGGGAUGCCGCACGACUCAACUGCGCCCGAGGCGAACGCCAACGAGACAUUGGACUUGCUCCGGAGUGUUGAGGCAAUGACACAUUUCUUCACUUUGGCAACAGAGACUCGGGACAAGAUUUAUCGUCACCUGCUGGUUUCACCGAGACCUAUUCACGUCCGGCAUCUUUGGACAGACGUGGCCCGCCGCUCUAUCCGCCGCGGGGGGCGUGGUGACGACAUAGGGGGUACCAAUAUCGACAUUGGGAUUCUGACCGUGUGCCGCCGCGCCGCGGAUGAGGGCACUCGCAUCCUCUAUUCGGAGAACACCUUUCUCUACCAGUUGCGAGAUCCGGAGGUUGUCGAAGUUGUAACCGGGGGUGGCCGGCGAAGCAAGCGGGUCGCCAAUCGCAGGGAGCAAGAGAACCGCAGCAUCAAUCUCGCCAAGUACGGCAAUCUCAUCCGGCACAUGGCCAUCGAGCUGGAGGCGAACCGCACAGCCACUUCAUACGAGAAGCUCAUGAGCGCCGCUCUCGAAACCCUCGCCCCCAACGGUGCGGAGUCUCUUCCGUCUCCGCCCCGUCCGCUUUGUAGCUCCAUCCACCUGCACACGCUGACCAUCACCAUCUCGCCGUUGUUUGAGCCCAGCCAUCGCAUCAUCCGGGUCCCGGGAAACAAUGACACAGUCAUCCGCGAGGGCCGCUUCCUCAGCAUGGUGAGCUUCUUCAGCCGGGGCGCGCCGGUGCUCAAGGCACUGCAGCGCCUCAACGUCGAGUUCCUGCGUAUCAACGUGCACGUCAACUCGGACCUCGGCGUCAACGGUCUCGACGCAGCCAACUCCUGGCUCGACUCUGCCGGCGACGACCCCGACGACUCGGACGACGACUCGCACGACGACUCACACCUCUCCUCUCACAACGCCCAGCAGCCCAAGAAACGCCACCUCGAGACAACCAUCGACCUGCGCUACCUGCCCCGGCACAUGGAGACGCUCCGGCGGCAGCCCGGCCCCGCGGGCCCCCUCUGGGAGAACGAUGUGCUGAUGCAGGAGAAACAGCGGCAGAAGGGCGCCGCCGCCGAGGACGCCUUGGCCCACCUGCGCCGGCACAUCGAGGAUGCCUGCCUCCGGCCCGAAUUUGCCAUGCGCGGCAUCUGGGAGGACCAUGGAGCUGCUGAGCAGCGGCGUCGCGAGCAGCGGGUGAAGGAGGACGCCCGGUUCGACGCUGAUGCGUACGAUGAUGCUGGGGAUGAGGAGGGCGCGGACGAAGAUAGUGAGGACGAGGAUCGCGCUGCGCGGCGGACGAAGUCGCUCAUUAUCUCGAUUGAUCGGGUUGGCCAGCAGUUGCGGGCGUAUCGCGCUUGA